UGAAAAUUGACCUUCCAGAUGUCAAAUAAUUGACAACUAAUUUGUUAUUGUUUAUGUUGUUGGUUGAUUUCAAGAAUUUGUUAAUAAAAUUCAAUAUCAAAACACGUCAGCUGUUUUUUUUAUUCACAGCCCAACUUUCCAGACUCCACUUUAGGCUGCAAUAUCAACUGCCAUAAUGGCUGAUGUUAAAGUAGACGUAUCUGGAGAGAUGGACCCCAUUCCAAGUUUGGGGGAGAAAAGUAGACUGCCAAGUUUCCUACAAAUUCCAACAAAAUUACCAGAUCCAAAAGAAUGGAUAAGUCAACAAAGACAAAAUGUGAGACCCUGGUUAGUUUUCGUCCAGACAUCGAACUUCAAAGCGCCCCCUUCAGUGCCACGACUGGGGAAACGAAUUAUGCGUAAUAUUGAGUAUUUUCAAGCCAACUACUUGUUUGUAUUUCUUGGACUUGUUGUUUACUGUUUAUUAACAUCACCUCUAGUUCUACUGGCAUUGGCUGGAACAUUCUAUGCUGGUUAUAGACUCAAUCAAAGGCAUUCAGAAAAGAAACUAGUAUUAUUUGGAAAAGAGUUGACUCUGGCUCAGCAAUAUGGACUUGUAUCUCUAUGUUCUAUGCCAAUAUAUUAUUUAGUUGGAGCUCAUGGUGCAAUGUUUUGGGUUAUUGGUGCUUCUAUGGUUGUCAUAACUCUGCAUGCAUCUUUUUAUAACAUUGAGACAUUGAUAGCCAAGGAAGAGGAUUCAUAUUCACUCUUGGAAGAAGUUUGAACCCAUUCUCAAAAGUUUUUGGCUUUCUAAACCUACUGUACAAAUGUACAUACCAUUUUGUGAUUUACUACUGACAAAUUCAGGAAUAAAUUGAAUAAAUCAUUCAAAAUAUUGUACAAGUCUUUUAAAUUAUUGAUUUUGUAUAUAUAUAUAUAUAAUAUAUAUAGUAUAAUCUGUGGUAUAAUCAUCCAGUUUUUCUAGAAGGAAUAAAUUUUAUUGAAAUAUAUAUUUAAUGG